UAUCUACAAUACAGAACACUUAUUGAGCUGUGCCCGCCUCAGCGCAGGGUACAGCCAGUGAUAGCAAAUAAUGUGCCGAAUCGGGUUGCUUGCAUAGAGACGUCUCGCCAAUGCUGAUCUCAACUAUCACGAGACAGUUCCCGGGAGGUUGUUGCGCAUGACUGCAGCCUGGAGACCAAAUGGACUCAGCCUUCUCCGACGUAAUCGACUCCUACUCUACCCAGACAAACCUACGCACAUCAUGCGUACGCUUCAGAGAUAGGAUGUGUGAAAUUCUAAUCACGACAACCAAGUACGCGAUGUGCUCAACUGCAUGCAACUCGACAAAACGAACGAUAUCAUACUGCGCUACAGCCGCAAGUACGGGCACGAUCUGUCCCAACCCGACCGAGAAAGUAAUGGGUCAAAGGACUUCCCGAACGCAAUGUCCACUUCAUCGUGACGAGGGAUAUUCUCAAACAUGAAUUCAAACAUGAAUUUAAAGCGAGGAUAUGAUAGUAUCGAGGCUUUACGUGGAUUGAUUCUGGUCUCCUAGGUCUACGGCUUUCUGUAAAGCUGGUAAUACAUCAGAUAGACUUGAAUAAUGGAGAUUCCAGCAUUUUUGAAUGAUGUCUCCAAGAAUUACACCCUUCGAAUCUGGAAAUUGUUUGCUUCUGAAACGCUCUAUAACCAUUGAACUUUCCAAACCGUCGUAAGGACCUGCGCUAGUCAUGACCUCGA